AUGGCAUCGACAUACCACCAGCCAGCCCCAGUCCUCCGGAUACCGGCCGAGAUGCACGGCCACAAGUCCGAUCUUGACCCGACCGAAUGGAAGCCAAAAUUAGGAGACAGCCACCGCAAGACCUCUGAGGCUUUCCGUUACCUGUCACAAUUCCACCAGACCAUGAAUAAUAGUGCAGACGCGACUUUCAGUGAUACCCCCAACUUGAACGAGGCCACCAGCAACGGCGGCCUCGGCCUCUUCAGACCUGUAUAUUACAACACCUCCGUUAACCACGCCACCAAACGCCCCGCAAUGCACAAAAGCACGAUGAGCAUGUCCACCAUGACCACGACCACGACCUCGACCCCAAGCCUCAGCCUAACCAACACACCGACCACAGCAGCCAGCAGCUUCGACAGCACCACCCACAUGCACAUGGGCUACGACCACGGCCACGACCACUACGACUUCAAUCUGCGCCCGCUACCCCCACGCCAGAACCCGCUGUACUACAGCACGAGCGCCGGCGUCGGCAGGGGCAUGGGCGUCGACCUCGUGACUCCGCACGUUGCCCCACCGGGCGACACGGAGGCCUCAUCUUCCAUGCCGGCCGUCUAUGACCAUGACUUCUGGGGCAAGAAGAAGAUUGCUCCCGUCACAGGUGGAGCCGAUGCUGCUCCAGCUCCAGCUAGAGUGUUGAGCACCACCAGCAAUGGAAACGGGCUCGGCGCGCUCUUCGGCAAGGCUGCGUGA